UGUGGGCAUGCGCAGUAGCCCGUUGUCACAAUAAACAAGUUUGAUUCACUUCUCAAAGAUUUGCGACUUUCUGUGGAUAAUCAAGACUUUUUACGACAUAUCUGGACGUUUUUCAGUCAUCAUGAGUCACAAAAAGCUGUUAGCCUGCUGUGUGGAGCUACUGGACACCUUCAACCCAGAGGAGAAUUGUGUGGAGGAUCAUCUUAAGCACUUCCUCAAGAAAAACAAGUCCUUAGAUGAAAAUGACCAGACGUUUAUUGUGGAGGUGUUCUCUGGCUGUGUCCGGUACGCUCCGAUCAUGAAGGUUGUGGUGGACGGGUUCUACAACGUGAAGGAGGGCAAACGGUCGCUCAGAUCAGAGAGGAACAUUUAUAUUACUCUGUGCUACAUGACAGUGUUCAGACUGGAUGAGUUGGGGAUCGUCCACUUUAGCAACUUUGUCAAGUCCCAGGAUGUGAACAGGAUGCACAAUUUUUUUUCAUUCUUCUUGGCUGAUGAGAAUCUGAAGAAGUGGAUUAAGGAUGAGUGGUGCAAACACUACGACCCCAGGUUUACCCAGGACAACCUUCUCAGACCACUACACAGGUGGAUGCCAGAGCUGGAAAAAAUGAUCAGCCAACUUGCAGACAAAGUCGCAAACAAAAAUAACUUACCGAAGAAAGUAGUGAAGCCUGCAACCCAGCCACAGGAGUUCAACAUCACCCAGCCCAAACCCCGAGCUAUCCCUGUCCCAGAGAGAAUACCCAAGCUACACAAACACAGACCGGUACCUGAGUCCACAUAUCGGCCUCCUAAAGAGCAGGCUCUCCUGGCAGAGGCAGAGGAGAUGAACAGGAGAAGAGCAGAGGAGAUUCUAAUGGAUGCUAACAGGUUUCAGUUCCGGGCUGCCAUUUCAGAGAAGUCAGCAAAGACAAAGAAAAUCAUGUCAGAGAUCAUGGAUGAAGAAGACUCCAAACUAGACUUUGAGAAGAACCGAGCCAGACCUUUGCCAAGACACGUGACUGAGAACAUCCCCAUCAAGCUCAACACAGCAGCCAUCCUGAGGGAGGGGGCACUGGUGCAGAAGAAGGAGGACCAUGAGCUCAAGAAACUGCUGGAUCUUGAGGCUGGUGCCAAGGAUGCCAGUGAGUUCCUGGAGUGGCAGCAGAAGAUGCGGCAGAAGGACUACGAUGAGCAGUUGGCGGAGAUCGAGAGACGGCGUCUGGAGGGGAAGCUGAGCCACGAGGAGGCCAUCUUGGCACGUCAGACACUGGUGAAGGAGAACAGGCAGAAAGUCCAGGACAUGAAGGAGGAGACCCAACAGUUGAUGCAGGAGUAUGUACAUCAGCGCAUGCAAGAUGAAAAAGAGAUGAAACGGCUGGUGGAGAUCGUCAUGUCAAGUCACAAGAACGCCAUCCAGGCACGCGAACAGCUCCGCGAGUACAAGCGGAAGAUCGUGGAGGAAGUCAACAUCGAGAGUCAAGAGCUACUGAGACAAGCCUUGGAAGAUGAGGAAGAGGAGAUGAAGCGUAAGUUUGAGAUCAUCCAGCAGAUCCGUGCCAUGGAAGCUGUGCCUGUGGUGAGACAGAAGUUUGUGGACCUGGCAUCCACUGCUGGACACCAGCUACUGAGUGAACUCUCCAUCUUAGAGCUGAAGGAGAGACUCGGUCUCAUGAAGGAGGCACAGAGAAAAGCAGAAGAGGAGAAACGGGAUGAGAUCCUGACUGCCAAACAGGGAAAGGACAAGAAGUUGAUGGACACACUAGAGCAGAUUUCGAGACAUCGGGCAGAAACAAGCAAGGCUGCUGCCCUGAGACUGGAGAAGAAAAGAGCAACCAGUGGGAAGAAGCCUGAGGUGAAAGACCCAAAACUGCAGGACCUUGAGAAGAAGCUACAAGAGAAGAAAGCUGAGCGGCUGAGAGAAGCUGAGAAGAUGAAGAUCAAGUCUGACAAGAAGUCGGCUGGCCGAACACAAGAACUUGCCAGAGAAAAGAAAGCUCUGGAGGAGAACAGAUGGAAGGAACUGGAGAGGACGAAGGAGAAACAGGCCAAGCUGGUAACACAGGGAAUCCGUCCUGGGACCAGGUCUGCACAGAUUCUCAACAGGUCUCCUGCUGCCAGAAAAGUCACAGCAUAACAAGGCUUUAUGACCGUUGGAAAGAACUAGUGAUAGGAAGAACUACUUUAGAUCUCAUUUUGAAUUACAUUAAAACCUGGCUUUUUCCAUCCAAUACACAAGGUUAAGACCUCUCAAAACCAAGGUCAAAUACAUUGUACCUUUAGUUGAGGUGCUACAAUGUAUCCAAGCUGUAUAUACACAUUAGCUUCAUAAUCUAAAUGAAUUUAACUGGUUCAGUGUUACUAUGAUAAUCACAGAUGCCCUACACUGUAAAAAUACCAAAAGUGUAUGUCACAAUCUUGCACUGUCCUGGGAGGCUAAUGUUGGCUGACAUGUAAAUCAAUAAUAAUAUAGUAGCAUUUACAUGUAAGUAAUCUUCGUGGUCUAUUUAGCUCCUGUUAAAUAAGAAUAUUGAAGACACUGCUGCUAUAAGUAGAUCUUGUACAUGUAUAAAUGGUGCCAAGUGGAUUAACUGUAUAUAAAGCACUGUAUUUUUGUGCACACUUGAGGGUGUUAUUGAUCAGUUUAUUCUGUAUAUAGAAUUGCCUUACUGAAGUUUUCCAACACAUUUACUUAUCACACAAUAAUGAAAAAUGAUGAACUGCA